UUUAAAUUAUAUUGGCAGCAUUGGACCGGAAAUAAUCCUCGUGGACAAAUUUCCUUUCUUCUACCUUUUUGUGCACGUGCCACAUAUGAGAACACUGGUUCAGCGCUGAUCAAUUUUUCAUCGAAUAAAUUGUUUAUCUCGACCAGGAAAUUAGCAACAAAAAAUGGCUAGUUUGAAAGCAGAAAAUCCGGAAAAACCAGGACCCGAUGUUCCACCAGUUCAUCGAAUCCGGAUUACUUUGACUUCCCGAAAUGUUAGAUCUUUGGAAAAGGUGUGCUCGGAAUUGAUAAACGGAGCGAAAAAACAAAAAUUGAAGGUGAAGGGACCAGUUCGUUUACCAACGAAAAUAUUAAGGAUCACAACUCGUAAAACACCUUGUGGUGAGGGUUCAAAAACUUGGGAUCGUUUCCAAAUGCGAAUUCAUAAACGAGUCAUUGAUCUUUAUUCGCCAUCCGAAAUUGUUAAACAAAUCACCAGCAUCUCCAUUGAACCUGGCGUAGAAGUUGAAGUCACCAUUGCCAAUGAUUAAAAAUUUAAAAAAAGAAAUUCUUUUUUUAUUUGGCAAAAAAAAAAUGAUUGUUCAAUGACUUUCAUCAGAAAUUUGUAAUAAAAAGAAAUAAAAAUUGCAAAAAAAAAUCA